ACACACCAGCUCUCUUCCCAGUUUGUUUGGUGUAAUAGGUGUGUGGCAUCAUGGCAGUUGGAUUGGUUUUGUGGGCAUGGCUUUUGACUGUCCUGAUCUGGAAUGUCUGUGGUUAUCCAACUGGAGAACUUCAUGCUUGGCAUUCUGGAACUGGCCGAAUGAUGAACCGUAACCUGUUGUCUCCAGGCCAGUUUGGUUCCUCUAAAGAAGACCCAGAUGAGCCUAGCUCUGUUGAAGAGGUCGAAACUCCUAUGUAUGUGGUCAUGAAGGCAGUUCCUGAUGCAGUUCCUGAGGCAAUUCCUGAGACCAGUCUGGUUCCUCCACCGCCACCUCCACCACCAUUUGACCAGAUCUACAAACCAGGGAAGGUCAUUCGGCAGCUUUCUACUUUUGAGUAUGGUCAUGAUGCAUCAGAGUACCAUGAACCUGAAUUGUCACUGCAUGCUCCUCUCCCAGCUGAUGUUGAGCCCAGCUCCUCAGAAAUCAGUGCCCCAGAAACUAGCGCCCCAGAGCCCAGUCACCUGGAGACCUCUGGUCCCGGUUAUCCCUACCCAGAGUUGGAUGACCGGUUCUUUCACAUGUUCAUCACUGGACAGCUUCCACGUGGUACUGUGACCCACUUCUCUACCCAUUACGAACAAGGCAAAAAUGCCUGGACCGAUGUAGGCUUUGAAAAGAUGGUUCCUCCCCCUAUAGUUCCUUCUAAAAUGAAUCCAGCUGCUCCAAGCAAACUACCGAACAAGCGCAUGAGUUUUGCUAAGCGCUAUCCCCCUAAACAGUAGUGGAGGACUCAAAACGAGGAGGUGGUGCUGACUUGCCAGGGCAAAAAAAAAUCCUUGCGUUGCUUUAAUAAACCUUUUACACUGAA